UCUUAUAUCUAGUAAUUUUAGUACCUAACUAAGUAAGUAGUUAGUUAGUUACUGAUAUUUCAUGCAUUGGUGGAUGCCGAUUGCAAAUGGAAUUUAAGUGCUCUUCCCCCUACCCUACGCCUACCCACAAUAAGGGACUACAGGUAGGUAUGCCUAUGUAAUACUUAGGUUUAGAUCUAGAAAUUCGUGUUAAUAGCGCUAGGAAUGUUCUUUUUAUAUUUCGGUAACCCAUACCUAGCUACUUUACCUAAUGUAUUUAACAGUAUUUAUCACAAGUUUAAUCAUACAUACCUGCGUAACUCUGAUUUCUUACUUAUAAUUUAAUGCUAAUCCGGCAUACCUACCUAAGCUCAUUAAAACCUUAUCUUUAUAGCCUUAGGUCAGAAGGUAUACCUACUAACUUACGUACAAUUUUACAACGCACAGCUUAUAGCUAUACUGUAAAUACCACGAAACACCUAACUACUAGUUUAGUACUUUUUUCUUAAAGUACUUAUAUAACUACCAGUAUCUAACUAAUCUAAUGAGGUUGCAAGUCCUACUGUUUUCCAGUAUUGUAAUGACUGUGAAUGGAUUGAAAGAAGAGGAAAUAAAGGAAAUAUGCUCGAGUCUGGAUUGCAGUAACUCCACUAAAGAGGCAGUCUGCGGGGUCAGAGCCGAGGGGGAAGGGUAUAAACUCAAGGAAUUCGACAGCGAAUGUGAGCUCCUUAAAUUCGGAUGUGACGUCACAAAAAUAGAAAGAUAUGGCUUAAUAGGCUAUAGUUUUUGCGAGCAAGUAUUUCAUCGCUCACAUGAUUCUAAAAACGCUGAGGAUCUAACCAACCAUGGCUCCGACAAUGAUGAAGAUGAGCUCUACAAUGAUGCAUCCAAUAUGUGCGAGCAGAACAUCUGCAGCAGCGGUAAUGACACUACAGAAGUGUGCGCCAUUAGGAAAGAAGACAAUGCAUUCCGAAUAAAACUAUUCCAAAGCCAAUGCGAGCUAUCAAAACACAACUGCAGACAAAAGUUGAAAUAUACCGAAACACUAUCGGUUGACUGUCUAGAUCUUCAAGAAAACUACACGAAUGAAAUCCUUGCUGCAGAGAAAGCUGAAGAGUUUUUCCAAAACAUUGGAACUAACGAUUUGGGAGAAAAAAUCAGCAAGCUAGUGGUCGUAAGUGACCUGCCCUUUCACAAUGGCGACAUCAACUCCACAGUUCAAAACUUCUUCGAUAGAACACAUUCAAGCAAGCUCGUUCUAAAGCAACUUACGGCGUCAGAAGUUUCUCGAAGGUCCAUGCACAAUACUCACCCUGGGCCGGUGCAGGUAUUCGAACCUGUUGUUCCGAUUACUGAUGAGAAAGAUAGAUUUGACGACUAUGAGCAUGAGCCUACGCUGCAGACUUGCUUUCACAAGUGUCCGGAGUCAUGCCCUGACAUAUACAAGCCGGUGUGCGGCACGGCCGGCCUGAACGCCAGAGAGCCCAGCCUUCUGUUCAAGAACCACUGUUUCAUGGAUAUAGCCCAGUGCAAAAUGUACCGGGAGCGCAAGACCAAGACGUCAAAAUCAUCAAAGUACCAAGGCCUCACGUUUCUGUUCUGCCUGGGCGAUCAGUCGUACAACACGUUGCGGCUGGUGCCUCUCAUCAGGUCUCUUCAGCGCAUGGGGCGGAUCCGGCAGCGCGGCAGCUUCCACUAUCGGAUUCAGAACUACCGCACGCAGAAUAACGUGCUAGUGCGGGAGCCUAACUUUAUGGGGUAGAUGUGGGAUGGAGGGUAUGGGGAAUAGUGUUGUGGCUUUUGUAGUACGAAUUAAUUAAGACAGAAUUACCUAGUAGAAUCAUACAAAGCUAACUUUGCAAUAGGAAAAUGAACUUAAACUACUUAAUUAUUUUUUAGCUGAAGCUCUCUGCCGUGUCGUGUGUGCCUGACCCCUAAUACUUCAAUGAAGAAAGAAACAUUGGUAAAACAUCGGUUUUGUUUUGUGGUGGCACUUGCUUCGGUUGCAAAGUUAGCGUUGUCAGCUUUCAUCAGUUGCAUUCAUCGAUAAAGUCAAGUGUUCAAGUACCUACGUAAUAAAUAGUUUAAUCUUAGUUUAAUAAAUAAGACAAUUAAGUAGGUGCCCAAUAGGAAGCUAGUAGGUAUAUUACCUAUAAUAAAAACUACAAGUUCACAGUCAGACAAUAUAUUUUAUUUAAAUAUUACAAGAUCAAAAUAUUACUAAAUAACUGGAGUAAAAUCUUUCAUUGUAGAGUUAAAGCAACAUUUAUUGAUAACAUCCAAGGUUAGUGUUCAAUAGAACUAAGUGCAUAAUCCUCCUAAGCCCACGGCUACAGGCAGGCUUUGAAAAUGCAUUAGUUGAGUGCACAGCUUACAUUUUACCACGAACCAUAGUUCGGCGAAAUAGAAAUAUCUAUCUACCAUUCAUGGAAAUAAAAUAAUAACGGCUUCAAACAUUUUCAUGAAACUUAACUUAUCUACAGAAGUAAAACCCUUAAACGACAUUAUUAUUGAACAAAAAUCGGUUUAGCCGCUUGGGAGCUACA